CUGUUUUUCAGCAACUCAGACUGGUGGUAUGUGAAGCAUUCGAAAGGUGGCACAGGCUAUGUGCCGCGAAAUUUUGUCGCAAAGCAGCAGACAGUUGAAAGCGAAGAAUGGUUCGCGGGCCGCAUCGCGAGAAAUCGUGCGGAGAGACUUGUGCUGGCGAGUAAUCUUCCAAAAGGUACAUUUUUGAUACGUGAACGUGAAGCCGACACUCGUGAAUAUGCGCUCACGAUUCGAGAUUCGGAUGACCAGCGCGGUGGUACUGUCAAGCACUACAAAAUCAAACGAUUGGAUGGCGACGGCGGCUUCUUUAUAACCACUCGAAGGACAUUCGCAACACUUCGUGAUCUCGUUAGCUAUUAUUCAGGUAACCCAGGUUCUUUCAUGCGGUGA